AGUUCACUUCAUACUAUAAAUCAAUAAGUGGAACGCUUUGUAUUAAAACGAAACCGUAGGAUAGCUUCAACAACUUUGAUUGAUUUUUCUCUCGUAUUGAAGGAUUUUCAAAACCUGUUGUGAUCAUUUCUGAGUGUCACUUGAUCGUUAUCGCGUUAUUUGAGAGCUAAUGACAGUUAGUUAUUUGGAGAAGAUAGUGGCCGGGGAUUUCUUUCUUUCUCGGAACGAAAUGGGUUAACAUUAUCAACUUUCUGAAUGUAACUUUAUCAUCGGAUCGAUGUUUCUUAAAGUAAUGUGAUUGACCACUCAUUUUAUUUUCGCCAGUCGCAAAGUUCUUUUCACCAAGAAUUAUUCGUACCGUUUAGGCCUACUACACACUACUGCUUCUGCUGGUAGGCCAAUGGUAGUGGUAUACAUUGUAUUAGCUUAUAGGCCUUUUUCAUGAUUGGUAUACAAUUUAAAUGCAUAGGAAUCUAACACUUAGUGUAUGGAAGUGUAUACACAGGAUUAUCUAAAUGUGUAUUUACAUGUCUGUGUAAGUUACGCUGCAGCGUACGUUACUCCUGUAAGUUCCCCCGACUUUUUACUACACAAUUCCAAAAUUGGUACUUUAUUGAAUUUUUCAAAGUUGGGAAUUUGGAAGUUGAUUUGUAAAAGUGCCUUAGUUUGUCGACCUCCCAAAAUUAACUCUGGAAUACUCUCUGGUGGAUUAUCUGUUCGACUAAACUAUGGCUGGAUCUGGAACGUUAAAUCUGUCGUUGCUGAGCCGAGGGGUUGGAGAGGUACAAAGGAAUGGACAUGAAAAGGUGGAAGUCAAGUUAGAACCAGCGGACUACUUCAACUGGGUCGAUGAUCCAACCCGCCUCUACCUCCCUCCCAUUCUUCCAGCCACAAAAGUUGCAUUCAGCGAAACUCCCCGCAGCUUCAGGGGCAGCCCAAAAAAUGUCCAAGAAGCACACCUACCGAAGACAUUCACCACCCGAAAGGGGGCACUAUUACUGUUCUCAGAAGAUAUGGCGCAGAAACGACGGAAGAAUAAAGCGUACACGGGCACACAAUCCAAGAUGUCGACGUCAUUGGACGAUCUGGAUCUAAACACUGUUGAAGAUUUCGCCAAGAAGAUUCUAUCAUAUGGGAGCCAUUCCUCCGACGAUUCUGACCGAGUCUACCUCAAAUUUGUCCACGACCGUCAUCGAGAUCGCUACAGGUUCAUCCGCCCUGGCUAUUCACCCAAACGAUACUUGGCAAACUGGUCACGAUCUGUUGAUGAGAACUUCCUUUCAAAGCUAACUGCCAAAGGUUAUUUGAACGAAAAGAGUCUGCAGCAAUCCAACGUCUUUCUGCCGCAUGUCAAAUCUCACAUCAACGAGGAUUUAUCCCGAUAUCCGGCGCCGUACCGCAUAAUGCGCCACAUGCUGAUGUCCCCGGGCAGUUUAUCCGGGUACACAUUUUUUUGGGCGAGGCCAAGGUCAGCUGACUCAGCUUCUCAAUCGUUAGAACUUGGGGACGAUAAGAAAGAAAUAACUGAUAUUGCCUUUGCUCUCAAUGACCAAGCGAUGUCCGGCCUUUAUGAAGAAGACGAAGACAAGAAAAAAGCGCCAACAGAGGGCGCUGACAGCAAAUGGAACGUUCAGGACGGCUCGAUAAAAGUCCUCCAACAGGACGACGAGGGUAAUUUCAAGGAGGUGCAUUAUGGGGAGCUGGACAAACAGACGCAGCAGAACGUUUUAACGGAAUUGUUGGUAAAGAGCGCCAUCAGUCAUGCUUUGAUGAAGCAACAGGAGGUCAUGGAAGAACUCUCCAAGUCGUCCGAGAGUAUAAUGUCCGCCAGUCAUGAUGGCAGAGACAGCGGCAUCAGUGCACCACCAGUCCCAGACUUUGACAUGGUCGAGGCGGUGGAAAGUCUUCUGAACACAACAAAUACCGACGCCCCUGUUCACAAAGAGAGGGCGACUACAAAACCUAGGAAAUUGGAUGUUGGCUCGAUUCCCGAGACUGGAAAUGAUUCAAGGAGUUCACGAUAUGGUGGAUCAUUUAAGGGUGCCGCAUUGAGGGGGAGCGUGCCCUUGGAUAAAAGGAGCACCGUGUCGGAUAAGUCUAAAGAUUCUUACCAGAGUUGGGCCAUAGACAAAGAUCAGUUCAGUCCGGAGAUCACGCGGUCAACCCAUUCCCUUCCACCAGUGGCCUCGACACAUGGUCUUUCGCCAAUUAAGGAUGUUGACGUUCCGCCAACGAGGGAAUCUGGUGUACCAGUGCUGCCACCUAUUGAGGGGAUGUACCAACUUGAUGCACCACCCAUUCAAAUUGAGCCCCCUACCCCCCAAGCUACUACCCUUUCAGGGACCCAACUGGCGAGGGGGGAUGGAGUGCCAAGCCCCACGUCCGAGGCCCACGAUGAUGAUGACCAGUCCUGGGCAGGGACUGAUGUUUCGGAGGCACCCUGGGGACAGACAUCGGAUGAUGAGGAUAGAGGAAAAAGACACACGGGGAGUAAGAAGGGGUCAACACACAGUCUACCAGUCUCAGAUAGAAGUGGUGGCUUCACCCUUGUAGGCCAUGCUGUUCACAGCAGCACGGAAAGUCUCAGCCAGUCUUCCAGCAUCAAAUCCUUCCAGAUGAAUUUAGACGACGGGUUGCGCACGGACCGAUCGUCACAACGGGGUCAACAAUCUCAGCGCUCAAGGUCGAAGUCCAAGUCGCCGUCAACGUCACCUGCUAGAACAGAAACGAGCAGUAAACAAGGAUCAGAUACUAGUCGCAGAAAAGGUAGUCUAAUAAUGGGACCAGGAGGAGAUGUCAUACCGAUAGGGGGCGCUGCACAAAUGGCGGAGAGACCGGAGCCAAGAGAUGGUGAAUCGGUAUACUCUGAGGAGACCGAAACAGCCGGCUGGCGAAGCUCUAGCCGUAGCCUGCCGGAGCACAUCAAGGAGUCGGAAACACGCUACGGACCACGAGGAUCAGCCAGUCAGAAGUCGUUAGAGGAAGAAGUCCUCGGUCAGUUAGCGGAGCACGCGUCAAAGAUUGCUGCGGGUGUUUUAUCGAGCAACGCAGCCGGGCUAGACUUAGCAAAGGAUGCCAAGGACGCAGCCCUUCUCUGGACUGACCAGUAUGGUCCUGCCUCCGAUAUUUCUCGCAGUCAAUCUGUUCGAGAGGUUUCUGAAAGACAUAAGCAACUGGCUAGGAGGUUCUUCAAGGAAGCACUCCAGGAUUUGAUGAAUGCCAGGAAAGGGUCACAGAGUGAGCCGUCGAUGAAUGAAUAUAAGGACUUACUGAAGACAACGCUUACAAAUAUAGUUUCUAACACAUCUGGCAGUGCCAUCACAAUACCACCCGAUGCUGAGAUCGAUGACGACCUCGUCAAAGCGUUGCUGAACGAGGACCUUGCACCGGACGACAUCGAGGUUUUCACGGACACCGCGACGGGGAAGAGCAUUAUCAGGUCAAAGAGUCAGAUGAUGAGAGCGAUGGGCGAUGUGGAGGAGGGGCAUACAUACCAGAAAGGAGGUAAAAGAGCACCAUCUAUCCCCAGACAGUCUCUCGUCGGUGAUGUUGGUGAACUAGACAUUAUAAACUAUGCCCAGCUACCCGGUGAAGAGGAAAAUGGGUCAGAGAAGGGUACUCGGGCGAUGUCCGUGACGAUUAGAUCGAAGAAGUCUGCUGGCCCCGAGGAUGCCGUAGAUGGUGCAGAUGCAUGGAAAGACGGGCGGGAGACUGGGACGACAGCGCCACCUGGUGAUGAGAUCAUGAGGGAGUCUAGCGUCACCUCACAGGGAAGACGAAAGAGCGGAGCCUCGGAGAGUGCGUCAGAAGGGAAGGGUCAGAGUGUGAAGAGUUUGAAGAGUAAGGCCUCAGCGGACAAGAAGGACGAGAAGCCAGAGUUUAAAGUUGGAAAAGUGAAGGAGGAGAAGACACUGCCCGGUCUUUAUGGACCUUACGAUCAACCAGCAAAACGAGAAGAGUCAUCAGUUGCCGAACCCCCUUCAAAAGCCUCCACUUCGGUGGUCCCUGAUAAAACAAAAAAGCAGAAAGGCAAAGUGGCUAAGCCAAAAGUCUCCAAACCAAAGAAAGAACCAAAGAAAAAGGUGGUAAAGAAGAAGAAACCAGCAACUCCACCACCAAGGGAACCCACUCCACCACCACCACCCAAGGAGCCCACCCCACCCCCACCAGCAGAGCCAACCCCUAGGCCGCCUACAGAACAUUCUUCAAGGCACUCUGCGACACCGUCAUGGCGGACGCCAUCACCCGAAUCCGAGGGAUCCUCCAUCAUCAUAGUACGCGACGAAUUCAGCGACGACGAAACCACGGACAGAAAAUCGGGCGCAACAUCGCUCUUAAAAACGGAGACGGAAGAUUUCUCAGAUUCUGACGAAAGCGCCCUUCUCCGUCAGAUGAAUAACAAAGCGCUGCGGGCGGCCAAAAGGAAUGCACAGGCAGAGAAACGUCGCCAGGACGUCGAGAGAAAGCGGCGGGAACGAGAAGAGCAGAUUCGCCGGGAAAAGGAGGAGCACGAACGGCAGGAGCGUUUGAGGCAGGAGCUGGAGGAAGAAAGGCGUAGGAAGGAGGAGGAGAGAAGGCUCAACAAAGAAAAAGAGGCUCUGGAAAGACAGAGUGAAGAAGCAGCACUUAUAGCUGAGGAGAAACGACGCAUGCGUGAACUGGAACGAGAGAGGAAACUAAUGGAGGAGCACCAGCGCCGCCUGGAGGAGUUGAAGAGAAAACAGAUGGAGGAGGAAAGAAUCAGAAAAGAGCUGCAACGAGAACGGGAACUAGAGGAGGCUGAGCGCCGGCGCGUUGAAGAGGAGAUGCUGGCACAGAUGGAGGUGGCUGAGCGAGCAGAAUAUGAGCGACGGAAGCAAGAAGAAGAAGAACGGAAGAGACAGGAGGCGGAAUUAGAAAGACAACGCCAAGAAGAAGAAGCCCGGCGACAAAUGGAAGAGGCGCGACGCCUCGCCGAGGAACUGGAACGCAAAAAGAAGGAAUUUGAACGCAGAUUGAAAUUCGCUCGGGGCCUAAUGGUGGAGGCAAAAGGAAUGGAUCAUACGCAAGACAUUAACCGGGCCUUUGUAUGGUCCUACUUUGAACUGCUGCAGUGGCUAGGCCUGGAUUUGCCAAAGGAGCCAUUUCUGGGGCCUUAGAUUACUAUGAAAGCUUUUUGGGCUUUGAAGGUGCAGUCUUUAGCAAAAUGUAAUGAUAGUGUCUGUGUGGCCCUACUUGGGCAUGGCUGGACUGAGCUAGAUUGAGCCAGUUUCACAAGAAGUUGUUGAUAUGUGUCUCUACUUUGUACUAGUACAUCGGCGCUAUACACGCUUUGGUCAGAAAUUUUUUAUCACCAAGUCAAACCAGACCCGUUCCCUUAUGGUGUAUCAUGUCAUAUGCUACCUGGAGACCACCAAAGGGGUCCCAAGCUCCUGUGUAUAGCCCCCUUGAAGGUAAAAUGCUGAUGGAGAGGCCAGCUUGAUACUGUAAACCCCUAGAUGUUUGCAAAAUUUUAUUUUCACAUCACGUUAUUUUGCCCCAUACCUUGCAGUUAAAACAAUUUUGGCCUUACCAAAUAAAUUAUGGAUUGUCUCCAAGCAAAGCCUGCACUCCCCUAGGCCUAAAUUCCCAUUGUUUUCCUGACAUAUCAAAGGGUUAUCAGGGCAUACCUUUAUGACACCAACUCUCAAGAAACACCUUUCAGGGUGGUUGAUAAGCUUAAACCAGCAAGGGCUAGUAGUACACACAAUGCAGAUUUUGCAGCCAUUUAUUCCUGCAAAUGGGUGAUUUAGCAAUGAAAAAAUUAUUACGUUUUUAAAAUAUUUGCACCCCUGACAUUUGCGAUUGUACACCCUCUCAUGAUAAUCAUGAAAAUGGUAGGCAAAAAUCAAGGGGAUUACAGCAUGUCAAGGGAUCAACUCCAAAGCAUGAAUGUGAUACAUGUAUUUAUGUAUUUAUGUAGCUUAAUACUGCUGAGGAACUUUUUAUAUCUGUGAUAUUUUGUUAUGCGAAUGUUCAAGAAUUAUGCAAUGUACGAAUAUUUUUUGUGACAACUUAUAGCAUAUGAUUGGAUUAAAGAUGGUCACCUAAGGUACAGUGGUACAAAUAAAGACCUUAUGAAAUAAAUGCUUAUGUGUACAUUACUGUGCAUUAAUGUGCAUUAAUGUGCAGCAGCUGUUUUCUUAACUACAAAGGCUUCUGCUGUGCUUAAUAUUUGAUGAUACAAGUAUCUGAUAAUUUUAAUUCGAUUUUAGAAGUUUUAGUCCAAAUUUUGUGGUUUCUCUGGCUCAGAUAGAAUAUCCUCUGAUAUCACCAUCUUGCAGUGAACCCCGUAGAUUUUUCUGCACGGGGACGGGUGAUGUCACAACGGCCUUGGAGAUGAUAGUGAUAAAAGGUCUGGUCAAGAUGGAAGACGUUUUCAAUUGUUAUCAUAUUUGCAUGCUGACAACACAGUUUAGCUUCAUUUGCAUGCUGACCACACAACUCAGCUUCAUUUGCAUGCUGACAACACAGUUCAGCUUCAUUUGCAUGCUGACCACACAGUUCAGCUUCAUUUGUAUGCUGACAACACAGCUCAGCUUCAUUUGCAUGCUGACAACAUAACUCAGCCUCAUUUGCAUGUUAACCACAAGUGUUAUCAUGAGCUCUCUUGUCUCAUUACAGACAUUGGGAAGGUGUUUUUAAAUUAAUCAAUUUUGAUUUUUCCUUUUGUCUAUUUCCGAAUCCACGGUAAUCCAUGAAAACUAUUUAUCUGUAAUCCUCUGGUACCAGAGGAAUUUAGGAAUAAACUUUUGCAGUAACCUGCACUCUCAAAAAUCAAGUUUUGCCAAUGAAAGAUUCAGUAUGUACACGUAUAUUCGAAAAAUGGGAGAGUCAAAAUCUUGAAGGGGAACGCCAUUUUAUUUUCCUCACUUUUGAAGAUGGCUCAUUAAAAAUAUAAAUGCACAAUGCCCUAAGCAGAUAUAAUGCAUGCAAAUUCACUGAAACUCUGUCUUAAUAGUAUUUGUAAAUCUGUCCACUGAUAAAAUUUACACCCUGUGCGUACUUACACAAUUAAUAAUUUUAACAUCCAUGUUCAAUUUUAAAAUAUUUGAAAAUGCGGAGAAGGCCUUUAUGCUGACUUACUAGCUAGUUACUACUCUUCUACUAACCAGAAGGGAGAUUAUCAAAGAAAGCUACCCCUAUUGAAACCGUCCAUCUUUUUGUGAUAAGAUUUUGAUAUUCAAGAUAUAUUUUGUAAAGGUUUUAUACAUAUUUAUCUAGUGAGACACAAACAUUGUGUUCAUCGAAAUAAAGUAAAUAUCAUUAAA